ACCUCGUUCAAUUCCAUGAUGACCAGUUUCUCCAGAUUGUACCAAAAAAUUAUUUAAAAUCAAGAAGACAUGAAGAAGACAGUAUAACUCGUAGUGCUUGUAUAACUAUAUAUAACACUCUAACCAAAAGACAAAGGUCUUCAUCAGAUGUAUCAUCUAUCCAUACAUCAGACUGGGUGGAACAACAACCGCGUAGAUUUUCACUCCGAAAACAAGUUCCUGAAAAGGAAAUAUUUAAAAUUGGUUCAGAUGUCAUGGCCUUUUUUAAAGACGAUCUUACAUGGUAUCCUGCAAAAGUUUUAGCCAGAAAACUAAGCGGAUAUCUGAUCCAAUAUAAUGUCGACAAAUAUAUGGAGAUAGUACCUGCGAAGCUUUUAAAAUUGAUGGACCCGCCACAAGCAGAAAGAGGAGCAUCUACCACAUUAGACGCCAUUAACAUAAAAAUGUAUAAAGGAAGUUAUAUUCCUAGAGAUCCUAUUGUCGAACAUGUAACAGCAAAAGUAUUCAAGAUAAUGGACCAUGUACAAAUUGAGGAUGAAAAAGAAAAGUCGUACCGACGUCUUGAACAUAAAGAAGAAAUUAUCAAAGUUGGCACAAAAAUACUUGCCUACUUUAGAGAUGACAAGAAAUGGUAUCCAGCAAAGGUUAUUGGCAAAAAAACAUUUGGAUAUUUAGUCCGAUAUGAAGAUGACAAAUACAUGCAUAUACUGCCCCCAAAGUACUUGAAGAUAUGUUAGAUUUAUUUCCUCUUGAACAAAACACUUCGAUGACAGUUAAAGAUAUAGAAAUAAUAUUUACUCUUUCAAUAUCAUUUGUUAAAUCAUAGCACACAUAUAAUAUGUCUGUACUUAUAUAUUAAUUACUUAAUUGUAUUUGUAUACCUGUAUAUUCUCACUUCAUCAUGUUUUCAUGCUUGUCAAUAUGCUGUUUAUUUUAUGUCAAUUGAUUCAAUUGUAAGUGCUUGGAAAAAGAGUCAUCGACUAAUGAAUGAAAUUUUAGAUCGA